AUGGCCAAGGCCGUGCGGUGGCCGGCUGGCUUCUUCCCCGGAUCUGGCGUGCAGGUGGCAGCCCCAGUGCAGCGCGUCGGCCCGCCCAGCAGGGCCCUGGGCCGCCCGGUGCACGCGGCUGCCGCCGCUGCCGGUGCCGCCGACGCUGGCGCCAAUGGUGGCGGCGCCACCUCCUCCGCCUCCAGCAGCAAGGCCCCGCCCGCGGGCUUUGCCAGCCUGGAGCUCAUGAUUGCCAACCAGCUGGGCGGCGGCCCCGGCGGCGACUGGAAGGAAGUGGAGCAGUGCUUUGUGCUGUCUCCACCGGAUGGCGCCUCGCCCCGCUGCCUGGUGCACUUCAUCGGCGGCAGCUUUGUGGGCGCGGCGCCGCAGCUGGCCUACAGGCCGCUGCUGGAGGGGCUGGCCGCACGAGGAGCGCUGGUGGUGGCUGUGCCCUAUGCCACCAGCUUUGACCACCUGCGUGUGGCGGAUGAGGUCCACUUCAAGUUCGAGCGAUGCCUGAAGGCGCUGGGCCCGCAGCUGUCGGGGCUGGCCAAGCUGGGCAUGGGAGUGACCAGCAUGAUUGCGCAGACGGUGGCCUCCACCAGCGCGGCAGAGGACAUUGACGCCCUGGCGGACGAGGUGGGAGGCUUCUGCGGCCUGCCGCCCGCGGCGCCCGGGCCGCGGCCCGCGGCGCUGCCCCCGGCGCGCGGCGCGCCGGCGGGCGCGGCCAGCGGCGGCGGCGGAGGCGGCGGCAGCGGCGGCGGAGGCCCCGGCGACUCGCCCAGCGGCAGCUUUGACGCCAACAUUUGA